AUGGCUGUCCACCAACGUUCCCCAUCCAACUUGACGGAACUGGAGAGGAUCUGCAAGGAAGAAUGGCAGAGGAUCCCCAAAUCCAGAUUCUUCCAGUUUUUUGAUCAGCUGAGGAGGUUGAGGAUGUGGAAAAUGCAGCUGUUGGAUGAGCAUCACCUCUUCAUUAAAUAUACCAGCGAAGACGUGGUCACACUCAGAGUCACCGACCCCUCGCAGCCGUCGUUCUUCGUGGUGUACAACAUGGUGUCCACGGAGGUGCUGGCCGUCUUUGAGAACACCUCCGACCAGCUGCUGGAGCUCUUUGAGAAUUUCUGCGACCUGUUCCGAAACGCCACGCUGCACAGCCAGGCCGUCCAGUUCCCCUGUUCCGCUUCCUCCAACAACUACGCCCGGCAGGUCCAGAGAAGAUUCAAGGACACCAUAGUGAACGCCAAAUACGGCGGGCACACCGAGGCAGUGCGUCGGCUGCUGGGUCAGCUGCCCAUCAGCGCCCAGUCCUACAGCAGCAGUCCUUACCUCGACCUCUCCCUCUUCAGCUAUGAUGACAAGUGGGUGUCCGUAAUGGAGAGGCCCAAGACCUGCGGAGAUCACCCCAUCAGGUUUUACGCGCGGGACUCCGGCCUGCUGAAGUUCAAGAUCCAGGCCGGACUGCUGGGACGGCCGGUAAAUCACGCCGUGCGGCGCCUGGUCGCCUUCACCUUCCACCCCUUCGAACCCUUCGCCAUCUCUGUGCAGCGCACCAACGCCGAGUACGUGGUCAACUUCCACAUGAGGCACGUCUGCGCGUGAGGAGCUUGUGUUCGCGUGCAAGCGAGUGACUCAAAGUAAACUCGCACUCGGAAUCAAAUUGCAGGAGCGCUGGGCUUCUGUUAGCGCCCACUGGUGACAAUACAACAAAACACAUCCUCCAUCAGGAGGCACAAAACAGUUGUUCCGUUAGUCGCCCUCUCCUCCUCCUCCAGAGAAAAUCAGCGGUCCUCUCCCUGCGUUCUCCUCCUGAUGGAAAACCACUGUUCCUCGCCUCUGUCCCCCUCCAUCACACAGUGGUCACUCCACUUCCACCACUCCUCCCGCUCCGUGAGAAGGCAGCAAUUCUGCCUUUUUCCUUUGGUCCGCGCCGCUUCGCCUCUUCUUUGCCCCUUCCUCCACAGAACAAAGAGGGAGCUGUAGGGGAGGAGAGCCUGGAAUAAGUGUAAAUGGAGACGUAGAGAGAGAGUGAUUGAUGUGCGACGGAGGUGGGAAGCCGCAGGUAGCCGGACCUCUGAGAAAGAACCAGAGGUGUUUUCUUUUUUCCUACCAUGCACUGAAAAGCUGCACAUUCAUAUCCGAAAUUGCUUGUCCAGUUGGUGCAUGACCAGCUGUCCAACACAUUUUAUUUUUUGGGGAUGGGGAAAUAGGUCAUUUUAUAUUAUAUUGCUUUUACACGUUGUUACAUAUUACCACUUGUAUAUAUUUUAUUCCAAUAAAAUUGUCUAAAUUUUA